UUGUUUGUAGGAUGAUCUUGAGCAAAAGAGGGAGCAGCGUAAACGAAGAAGCCAGUUUGACAAGUAUCCGAUAAACUGAACAGUCUUAAUCCAAUCCUUGCCUCCCCAGAGAUCCGAAAGAAGAUGCUCUCCUCACGCAUCCCGUGCGUCCUGGGGCUUGUCUCCGUCGCCCUGGUCAUGAGCAGUGUAUCCGCCGCGCCAUCUGAUGCCAAACUUCGCCAGUUGCUCCAGCGAUCACUCCUGGCACCUGCAGGCAAACAGGAACUUGCUCGGUACACACUUGCAGAACUUCUGUCGGAGCUCGUCCAAGCGGAAAAUGAAGCGAUGGAUUCUGAAGACCUGUCUCGUGGCGCCGAGCAAGAGGAUGUGCGUCUUGAGUUGGAGCGCGCUGCUGGUCCACAGUUGGCUCCUCGUGAACGCAAAGCGGGAUGCAAGAAUUUCUUCUGGAAAACCUUUACUUCAUGUUAAUUCAUUAAAAUACCAUUCACCGCGUGAAGCAUUUCAUCUCAUGGCAUGUAAUUCAUGCCCAAAUCCCAUGCAUCAUCAUGGCCAAACUUGCCUCUCCAAAAAUGUACAUAAAAAUUAGAAUCUGUUAACAAUAAUAAUUAUGAUAGUUUUGAUUGAUCAUUUAGGCUUUUCAGAGAAAAUUCACGUGAAAGAUGUAUGAAUGUAUGCAAUUUUGCUGUCGACUGUGCUUUAUGCAUUUUGGCAGAUAAACUAUUUUUAAUUGUUUACUUGAAUAAAAUAUAUGUUUCAGAA